CUUCGAGCGCCCAACUGUGGCUAAAUCAAAUUUAUCGAAAUUGCACACCAUCGACGGCGUUCGAAAUCGCUAGUCGCGCCGUGGUGGUGGUGGUGGCCGGCGCUCGCGCUAAACCCCUAUAAAACCUCCCUUGCUCAGCACCAGCGACGCACACACACAAAGCCAUGGACGUAGCUCACAAGGACCACCUGCUCGCGGCCUUCCAUGGCCUCCUCGGCGCCGCGGCACUCCUCCUCUGCGUCCUCGCCGAGGCCCUCGUCUUUGCCUUGCAACGGAGCAUGACGCUCUACCUCGUGCCGGUCUCCGCGAUGCUGCUCCUCUGCCGCUACCGCCGCCGUCGCGCCGCGGGCGGCAGCAUCGGGCUCGUCGACUUCUCCUGCCUCAAGCCGCCCCGCCGGCUUCGGCUCCCGGUGGCAGCGCUAAUAGAGCACUUCAACCUCAUCGACUGCUUCGACGGCGGCAGCAUCGAGUUCAUGGCAAACGCCAUCCAGUCCAGCGGCAUGGGCAACGAGACCUACUUCCCGCCCGCGCUGCACUACCUCCCGCCGGCGUCCACGCACGCGCACGCCGUCCAGGAGGCGCACAUGCUCUUCUUCCCCGCCCUCGACGACCUCUUCGCCAAGACCCGCGUGCCGCCGUCCGCCGUCGGCGCGCUCGUCGUCAACUGCAGCGGCUUCUGCCCGGCGCCGUCGCUCACGGCCAUCAUCGCCAACCGCUACGGGAUGCGCAGCGACGUCAAGACCUUCAACCUCUCCGGCAUGGGCUGCAGCGCCGGCUCUGUCGGCGUGGACGUCGCCGCCGGCGUCCUGCGGGCGCACGCCAUGUCGUACGCCGUCGUCGUCAGCGCCGAGAUCCUCACGGUGGGAUGGUACUUCGGCAAGGACCACGGAAAGCUCCUCCUCAACUGCAACUUCCGCACCGGCUGCUCCGCCGUGCUUUUAACGAACAACAUGGCGGCGCCAGUGAAGUACCGGCUCGUCAACAUGACGCGCACGAACACGACGGCCAACGACCGGAGCUACCGGGCGGGGUACCGGGAGGAGGACGACGAGGGCAUCACCGGCUUCACGCUCGGCCAUGGCGUCGGCCGCAUGGUCAGCGAGCUGCUGCGCGCGCACCUCGUCAAGCUCAGCCUCUCCAUCCUGCCUUGGCGCGAGAAGGCGCGCUACACGGCCGCGUUGCUCGUGUCGAUGCGCCGGCGAGGGCAAGACAAGCUCGCCGGCAGCAGUGUCUCCGGCGCGGCGCCGAUGCCAGACUUCCGCGCGGCGGCGGACCACUUCUGCCUGCCGUCAUCGGGGAAGCCAAUGAUACUGCGACUGGGAAAGGGGCUCGGACUGGGCGAGAGGGAGAUGGAGGCGGCGCUCAUGGCGUUCCACCGGUUCGGGAACCAGUCGGCGGCGGCCUUGUGGUACCAGCUCGCGUACCUCGAGGCCAAGGGUCGGGUCCGGAAGGGCGACACGGUGUGGCAGCUCGGCAUCGGGAGCGGGCUUAAGGCCAACAGCCUGGUGUGGGAGCGCGUCGCCGUCGCCGACGACGUCGCCGGCGGGCGCGCCGGGAGGAACGCUCUGGGGCCGUGGAUGGACUGCAUCCACCAGUACCCGAUGUGGGAUACGUAGGAGAAGCACAGCUUGCUCGUAGCGCGCACGCAUGCGUGCAGCACUGCCAUCGAUCGUGCCAUGUUUCAUCAGUCAAUGUUGUUCUCAGAAGCCAUCCAAAAGAAUGGGAAGCCAAUAUCCAGUUUAGCGAUAUAAUUCGCUUCAGCGAGUGUUUUACUUCGAUCACUGCUCCUCGUUUGGUGGCAACGAUAUGAUGGAUGUAGAAAUGCUAAACGCAAGGAAGUUAAUCCUACUUUGGAUGUAACUCGUCAUAGUAUUUUUUUUUUUCAGGAAGGAGAAGCGCAACCUCUAAAUCAAAUAACUUAAGACGGAGCACCAAGCUAGCUGAGAACUAGCAAAUCCCUUUUGUUUCAAUCCAAGUCGUCGUAUGGAUAAUAAGUAUAUUCGUUCCAAUA